AUGUUGAAAAUAAAAAACUACGUACAAAAGGCAACUAUCGCAGACGACGAUAAACCGGUUGUCGUCUAUGUCAUAUAUCUAAUGAAUAUGGUUCUUGAAUUAAGAAAUGUGUCUGGUAUGCAAUUGAUCCCAAUAAACAAUAAUCAGAAACAGAACACAUUGGAGACCGUGUUUAUUGAGUUAUGCAACAAGGGGUUAUAUAAAAGCGCUCAUAAAUUACUUGCACAAUCGUAUUAUGAAGGUGAACCCAGCUGUGAUUUGUGCUUGCUUUAUUUGGGAUUUUAUUCCGAAAUGUUUGAUAUUGCCUAUGAUAUAACACAACUGGACACCAUGGUGGAGCAUUUAAUGGCAUUGAUCUUUUCAAUCUAUAUCUUCAAUAAUGAAUCGAAGCUUACUCUGGGAGAUGAUGAAAUAUUCUUAAUAAAAAUAACAUUAAAUAAGAUUUCAAUGAGCUGUCGUCUAGAGUUUGUGUAUACACUACUUAAGUAUAAGAUAAAUGCAAACUUAGACGAAAAAAUUCAACAGAAAAUAAACGAACAUCUAAUGAAUUUCGUUAUGGGCACUGAAGAUUUUGGCGAUUUUGUUGAACUGUUUUUCAACUCACUUGAGCGGCUAUACAAUCCCGAAAGCGGCGAUAAAGACAGCAACUAUACGUUUCUAACGUUAUUCUUAAUUGAAUGUGCACACAACAAUGAUUUUGUCAAAAGUGUUAUAAAAAAAAUUAUGAAGUUUUUAAAGAAAUGUAUAAAAACUGACAAAACCGAUGAAUUUUAUAAAUGUAUUAUAGCUGUAUUAAUAUUUAUCCGUGAUAAAGAUGAACAAUAUCAACUAGUUUUAACUUCGCAAAUACACGCUACCCUACGUAAAUUUCAUGAUCCCGGCUCUUUGAUUGUUGGAUCCGUAUUGAUGAGUUCCAAGGAAUUUAAGGCGACAAUUAUAUUGCUAGAAGAGUUGGUUUGUAAUGUGUUUCCAGAGUGCUCAUUAAUUAAUAUUAUAGAUGGAUAUAUCCCAAUGUUUUUGGAGAUCUAUGAAAAAACCAACGACAACAGUGAAGAGAAAGUACAUUUAGCUAAAAUGUUGAAAUACUAUUUAAGUGCAGUAAAUAAGAUGGAACUAAGCUUGAUAAUUGCAGUUUUAUACACCGGCAUUGAAGAGCCAAGGUUUAAAAAAUUACAUGAUCGCGUUGAUUUAAUAGACAAUACCCUACAAGUUGUGUAUGAAAGAGAAUUAGGCGAGAAUACUUUUGGAAUGACUAUGACUAAUCUACUUGAAAAUGAAGUAUAUUAUAUGUCACCCUUCAGAGUGUUAAUGAAUUUGUUUAUGAUUAUAGGAGAAUGUAUGUUUACCAAUAACACUACCACUGACAAGAUAAUAUUCUCACAUAAAUCGUUUCAAUUCUCUGUAAUCCGCGAUUCAUUCUCCGCUCUGUCUAAAAACAAAUUAAGUAUUGCGUUUACGUAUUUUCGUGGCGAUAACUUUACCAAACUCAUGGAACAUUACCUACUAAAUUCUUUCGGUGUUGUGUUUAUUGAUUUGAAGCCACUCGAAACAAUCAUUUUUGGUAUGUUAAAUAUAAUUAAACAAUCUCCAAGGCCUGAGAACUACUCUGUACUCAAACCAUUACUUGUAAAAUUGAGAAAAAGUAAUGAUUUAAAUGCUGAUAUCAAAUAUGGCAUAGGUGAAUUAAUAAAAAUACUUAAUCAGAAAUCGAAGUCGGAUUUCAUAGACAGAGAAUUGGACUGUGCAUAUGUACUAAUUGAGCAAACUAAUGAGGUUAUGUACGAAGUAGCUUUAGAUUGUUUUAGAAAACUGUUUGAAAACAAUGGAAAUUAUGUUGAAGAAAAUUUUGAAAAACUUACACUUAUGGCACUUAAUAUGUUCAAAAACAAAACUGAAUCGCAAACACACAAAUCCUACUUAUAUGAACGAUUGAUCGAACAUUUUGAAUUGCGCGUUUUUAAAUAUACAUUAAAGGAGCUAGAGGACGAGGCAACUGAUUUAACAUAUCGUAUGGCAGUUAUUGAGGCCAUAAAUGUAGCUGCUAAUAUAAUAGAUGCUCGAUAUUCUGAUGAAGAAGAUGAGAGCAAGUCUAUCUUACGGUGCGGCUUGAUGCGUGUUGCUCGGUCAAAAAUAGAAACAGUUCGUAAAGCUGCCUACUCAGCAAUGAAGUGUUUGUGGUAUGGACAUGAGGAAUUCAGUGUUAAAAGCUUGCAAGAGUUGUCAAUUUUAAUAAAUAUAGAGUUUGCUCGGGACAAUUCGUAUUUACCUGCACAGCGUGAAGCUCUUGAAGUUUUAUAUGUGGUGUUGAGAAAACGUAGCAUAAUAUUAUUCUCUCGCAAAUAUCUCCUACCAAUAUCGCAGACUAUUAAUAAAAUAAUCGAAAACGAGGAGUGUGACAAUGAGAUCUUAUCCAUCGCGAUAAAAUGCAGAAAGGCUGUAGAAUACCAUUUGAUCAGAAAUUGUAUGUUCAAAUGCAGUUUCGUAUGUAAGCUCGAAAACUUGGAGUCACCGCCUCCCAAGUGGAUUCAAGUAAUUAAAUAAAUGACAUGAAAGUAUCGUACUUAGUUUAAAAAAAACUAAACUUUUUAAUUAUUAACUUUUUAAACAUUG